UUCCUGCCCCCCUCCCCGCAGCGAGGGUCUGUGCCCCAGCACCGCUGUCACACGUCAGGUGGGAUCUCUGCCGCUGCACGGGCUCGGCGUGGGGCGCAGGCAGCGCCGUGUCACCGCCGCAGAGGGACACGGAGGGGGCUGCCACCCGGCGAGGGAUGGGGACGAGGGGCCGCCUGGGGCUGCUGCUGCUGCUGACCCUGCCUUUGGCUGGGCCGGCGAGGAGCUGGCUCCAGCCAUCGAUUAUCGGGGGGCACGAGGCCAAACCCCACUCCAGGCCCUACAUGGUGUCCAUCCAGCUGAAGGGGAAUGGGUUCUGCGGGGGGGCCCUGCUGCACAAGCGCUGGGUGCUGACGGCCGCCCACUGCGUCCCUCAGGGGAAGAGGGACACGGUGACAGCGGUGGUGGGGCUGCACAGCCUGCAGGAUCACGGGGGACACACGCAGAGGUUCUCCAUCCGGGCAGCCUGUCCCCACCCUGGGUACGACCAGCAGACGCUGGAAAAUGACCUUCUCCUGCUCCAGCUGGAGGGGACGGUGAAGCAGAGCAGGACACGGCGGACCAUCAAGCUGAUGGGGCGGGAGCCGGCGGUGGGGGCCACCUGCAGCCUGGCGGGGUGGGGGGUCCUCAGGGACAGGAAGGUCUCCCCGAGGCUGCAGGAGCUGGAGGUGGAGGUGCUGGACCCACGGAUGUGCAACAACAGCCGCUUCUGGAACGGGGAGAUCGCCCCCACCAUGAUCUGCUUCCAGGGACGCCGGGGGGGGUCGGCACCCUCCAAGGUGAGGAGUUUUGGGAGGGAGGGGGGAGAAAUCCAAGGGAUUUGGACCGGGAGCAGCCGGACAGAAAGCUCUGCCCCCCGUGAGCGACCAUUCCUGGGCACGGGGGGCAGCGGGGAGGAUGCUCACCCCGAGCAGAGAGGUGAGAUGCCCCCCUCAGCCAUGGCGGGGGGUCCCUGGACCCCGUUCCCCACUGUCACCCCCCACCCAGGGUGACUCCGGGGGCCCUUUGGUGUGCGGGAAGCGGGCGGCGCUGGCCGGCGUCCUCUCCUUCAGUGGCCAGAACCCCACCGACCCGCUCAAGCCUCCGGUGGCCACCUCGGCCGUGAAACACAAGAAAUGGAU